ACGUGAGCAGAGGAGAUGCCAAAGUGAAGGCUCUUUCUUUCCGGUCCUCUCCCUGGGAUCGGAGAAGCAUCUUUCAUUCUCUGCUCGGUCUCUGCAGCUUGGGAAGGACUGAGGGGGGUUGCAAAUCCCCAGCGAGUGAAAUGCAGAGGACUAGAAAGACAGCAACAGAAGGCUGUUAUAAAGAACAGUUGACUCCCUCAAGUUGCUGAAAGGUUCAGAUGCUUUGCUGUGUCACUUUGAGCUGAUGGAUCUUCAAGGAUUUAGCAAGAGUGCUGAGGCAGCCCUCAAGGGUUGGUGCUGAAAGAGAGAGCAGCAAACAGCACAACAAGGACAGUCCCCCGGGGAGGAGACAACUGUGACGCAAGAGACAGUGACUGGUGGAUCUCUGCUAAAGCAUGGAACCUGAAAUCAAAAUGGAGGAGCAGAACGUGGCAGGUCCUGACCCAGAAGAGGGAAAGGGAGGGCAGGCUCUUCCAGAAAUGAUCAAGGAAGCUCUCUCUGAGAAAACUGAGCAAAAUGUGAAACAGGAACCAGAUGAAGGGCCAUCAAGGAAUUGGGAUGCCCAGUUGCAGGAGUUCCUCAGUACGCUACAGGCCACAUAUUCAGAAGGGGAAAACCCACAAGUACCUGAGCUGAGGCAAUGGUGUGGUCCUAAAACAUCUCAAUUACUCUCCCAAAGAAAACUGGAUCCCCAAAAGUGGCCCAGAUCUUUGUGUGCUUCCCAAAUCCAGCCACGACUCAUUGGUGAAGCGCAAGAGGACCAUGAGACCGAUCUGGAUGCAGCUUGCAGUGGGAAGCAGAAGGCAAGAACUCCGUCUGGGGAUGGUGCCGAGAUGGAGAGGCAGCGCCGGUGUUUUCGUGGGCUCUGCUAUCAAGAGGCUGAUGGGCCUCACAAGCUUUGCAGGCAGCUCCAGGUGCUUUGCCAUCAGUGGCUGAAGCCAGAGAGACACACCAAGGAGCAAAUCCUGGAACUGGUGACCCUGGAGCAGUUCCUGGCUGUCCUGCCACUGGAGAUGCAGAGCUGGGUGAGGGAACGUAACCCAGGGAGCUGUUCCCAAGCAGUGACCCUGGCGGAGGAGUUCCUUCUGAGGCAGAAAGGGGCCAACAGCUGGGGAAAGCAGAUCACAGAAGAAGAGUUUGUCAAUCUCCCCAAGGCAAACCAGUCUCCCCAGAACACGACAGAGAUGCUGCUUUUCACACAGGCUGAACAGGAGGCUGAUGGGAGUGUGAACAUAUUGAAAGGUGGUGGGUGGCUCAGGAAAAGCGAGGAUCAGAAUCCUUUGCUGGAGAGACCUGAGCAACUGGAGCGACUGAAGACAUCGCUGAAAACAGCCACAGAGAAGGAUUUCCUGCAUCAGUGUGAAGCUAAUGGGAACCAACAUGUAGCGGAAAGGCAGAAUGGAAACAACAAAGAAAAUGGAAUGGAUCCAUUUGUUCUCCAACAAAGUGUUUGCAAAGGCGCCAAUGAACCCGUCAUCCAGCAGGAUAAGGAGGAGGCAAAAUAUGACAAAUUUGGGGAAAACUUUGUGGGAAGGUCACUCCUUACUACGCAUGAGAGUGUUGAUGCAGAGGAGAAGCCAUACCAGUGUUGGCACUGUGGGAAAAGCUUUAGUAGCAGCUCGGAUCUUGUGACGCACGAGAGGACCCAUGUGGGUGAGAAACUGUACAAAUGUUCCCACUGCGGCAAAAGUGAGAGAACCCACACAGGACAGAAGCCACAUAAGUGCUCGCACUGUGGAAAUACCUUUGGCUGGAACUCUCAAGAGGGGCUCCUCGCAGGAGAGAAGCCUUACACAUGUUCUGAGUGUGGGAAAAGCUGCAGUCAGAGAUCAGACCUCCUUAAACACCAGAGAACCCACACUGGCGAGAAACCUUACAAAUGCUCAGCGUGUGGGAAAAACUUUAGAAAUAGCUCAGGCCUCAAAGUACAUCAGAGAAUCCACACAGGUGAGAAGCCAUAUAAAUGUUCGCACUGUGGGAAGUGCUUCAGUUGGAGCUCACACUUCAUAUCUCAUGAGAGGAUCCACACGGGGGUGUGCUCCUACUGCGGGAAAAGCUUUGGCCAGAAAUCCGAACUCAUUGAACAUGAGAAGACCCACACAGCAGAUGAGUUGUUUGCGUGUUAUGCCUGUGGGAAAACUUUUGAAGUCAGUUUGGAACUGGUGGCACACGUGCGAACCCACAAAGAGAAGCCGUUUGAAUGCUCGGUCUGUGGGAAAACCUUCAGAAACAGUUUGCAGCGCAUCGCGCAUCAAAAAGUCCACACAGGAGAGAAGCAGCAUAAAUGUUCCCACUGUGGGAAAAGCUUUAGCCAGAGACAGAGCCUUAUUAUUCAUGAGAGAAUCCAUACAGGAGAGAAGCCGCACAAGUGCUUAGUCUGUGGGAAAAAUUUCCGAAAUGUCCCGAAUCUUAAAUCACAUGAGAGGACCCACACGGGAGAAAAACCAUACAAAUGCUCCCACUGCGACAAAUGCUUCCGGUGGAGUUCCCACCUUGUGUUGCACGAGAGAAUUCACACGGGAGAGAAGCCCUACAGAUGCGCAGACUGCUGGAGAACCUUUGACAGGAGGUCGAACCUUCUUGUCCAUGUGAGAAUCCACACAGGGCAGAGGCCAUACAUCUGUUCAGACUGUGGGAAAAGUUUCACCUCAAGCUCUGUUCUCCUUCGACAUCAGAAAAUUCACGUAGGAGAGGAUGUUUGUAGGUGCUCUGAAUGUGGGAAAACAUUCAGGCAGCGGUCAGACCAGGCAGAGAAGGCGUCAAAAUGUUCUGAGUGCGUCAGAAGCAAUUACUUCAGCUCAGAUCUUGUCAAACGCACACGGACUUGUGUGGAUGAAAAGCCAUUCAAAUGUUCGGUCUGUGGAAAAACUUUUAGGAACAGCUCACACCUCCUUACUCAUCAGAGCGUCCACACAGGAGUUCAACCGUAUCAGUGUUCAGACUGUGGGCGAAACAUCGUCAGGCGGCCCAAUCUCCUAGCGCCCAUAAGUGACCAGGCAGGGCAGAAACCCUAUAAAUGUUCCAGCUGCAAGGAAGGUUUUAACUAGAGAUCAGUUCUCAUGAGAACUUGGAAAAAUUUGAUAUUGAAUCUGCUUCUUUUCACCUCCCUUACCUUUUUCUUUCUUUCUGUACCUUUAAAAACUAAAUAUACCUUGUGUUUACCAUCCUCUUGUUGGGGGCCACAGAAGCUGGUGGCUUUAAAUAAAUAAUACUCCAUUAGGAGAGAAACCAGGUUUGUAGAUAGCAUAUACGCUCUGCAGACUAUGGAAACAGUUUCCUCCAAGGGAUGACCUUAAAGAAUUAGUUUUGUUUUUAUUGGCAAGCACAAGGAUGCAAAUUGGUGGGAAACUUAUGGCCCUUUAAAUGUAAUUGGACUACAGUUCCCAUCAACCCCAGCCAGGAUGGCCAAUGGUGAGGCAGUUGUAGUCCAGCAAAGUUCUGGAAAGCCACAGGUUCCCCGUCUACACUAUUAACAAAGUCAAAGCCUCCCCAUUUAAUCACAUUGGUUUUUCCAGAACUGGGAUGUUACUGCAAUGAGGAAAAUAUUCCUUCAUAUCCCAGAUACAACAACUCUGGCAGAUUCUAUUAAGAACUGGGCUUUGCAAAUUCAUAUAUUCUAUUCCUUUUUUAUAUCUUUUAG